AUGAAUCCCAAAACCAUAGUUACAAAUGUUCUUAUCAUUGUCCUUGUACAAAUCUCAUACUUAUCAUUAGAGGUAAACUCGUUAAGUGCAUACCACAAGAAAGACUACAAAACAGAGUUUAAGGUAAAGCCAAACACGCUUGUACGAAUGGUCAUCUCCAACGAUCUUUCGGGUGUAAAGAAUGGGAACGCGGGUUUUGUAUGCGCAAAAGGUGGUAAUAAGGUAUGGAAGAAGAGCAAACCAGGAGAUCGAUAUGUUGUGGUUGAGUUUAAGUACGAUGGUAAGAAGAGGCACACGUUCACGCAUUGCCAUCUUCGUUCUACAUUUGGGUUUGUUAACUUCCCAGUUAGUGUUCAUCCAGACACAUCUGCUAAGUGUUAUCCUAGCUAUGUAUGUGGUUACUCGGUUCGAAAAGAUGGAGUUUAUUACAUCCCUGAGAAGAAGCUUUAUCCAUGGAAAAAGCACUAG